GUUAAGAAGAUGGCGGACGACGUGGAAGAUUAUUUGAAACAGAACCGGGAGACGGCGGACUUUGUGGAGGGGCUGCGGGGCCUGUGGGAGAGCGACAAGCAGUGGACCGCGCGCAGGGAGUUCCUGCUGAGGAACCUGUCGGAGGAGCACAAACAGAACACCGAUUACCUCGUGGCCCUGUCCAUGGUUUGGGCCAAUCACGUGUUCAUGGGCUGCAGAUACAACGAGGGUCUCAUGGAGAAGGUGUUGGAAAUGGCAGAUGGCGUCGACGUUGAAGAUGCACCUAUUUUCACGACAAGAGAUGAAAUAAUGAAACGGAAACAAUAAGUGUCCACCAGAAUAAAAGCCUGCUGAGGGAACCGAUUUCUGCUGUUUUUCCCAGCAACGAUGUGAUGCUCGGGUACAGAGACAAGGAAGGAACAGGCCAAAGAUGCAUCUGGACUGAAUACUUAUGUUGUGACUUUUUAAAUUAGAUGUAGAAGCAAGUGUAUGACAGAUGUCUUUUUAUGAUGAACUGGAAGCAAGAUUAAAUUGAUCUGGUUGCACAGCCAAAUGUU